AUUCUUGCUUUGAAAGCUCCGUCCUUGAACAAUCACCGCAAAAUUUGUUUAGUUUUACAUUUGAUUUUCGCUGAUUUCAACUAGGAGUUGAACACAAUGGACUACAAUUCCCGCUGAUAUUGAUUGUUUAUGUGCGGAAAAUGAUUGUCUUGCCAAAUUCUGGUUUCUGCGCAACUCUAACUCGGCCACCUAUACAUUCAUGUAAGAAAAACCGAAGCACCGAUUCUGUCACUAUCUCAAGAUCAACGUCAUUCAAGAUUGAAGCUAAAAGACGCUGCGAGUGCUAUGAUAUGCACAAGGAGCUAGUCCCCUAUGCUGAUGCCUGGUCGUUGCAGAAGUCCAUUGUCGAGGAGAGAAAAACACUGGUUCAAAGAAAUGAAGAUUUUGUAGACAGCCUGAUUGUUUUGCAGCACCAUCCGGUUUAUACCUUGGGAGCUGCCGGUUCAGAAGAAUACUUGCGUUUUGAUCAAAAGAAUGCUCCUUUUGAUGUGUACAGAACGGAACGUGGUGGCGAAGUUACAUAUCAUGGGCCUGGCCAGAUAGUUAUGUACCCUAUUAUCAAUCUCCGUUACCAAAAGAUGGACCUUCAUUGGUACCUCAGGGCACUGGAAGAGGUGAUAAUUCGAGCUCUUUCUUCAUCGUUUUCUAUCAAAGCUUCACGGGUUGAAGGUUUGACUGGUGUUUGGGUUGGAGAUCAGAAGCUAGCUGCCAUUGGCAUUAAGGUUUCUCAAUGGAUCACAUUCCAUGGCCUAGCACUCAAUGUAAGCACUGAUUUAGCAGCUUUUCAACGGAUAGUGCCCUGUGGAAUACAGGAUCAUCGAGUUGGAAGCAUAAAGGAGCUGCAGAGUGGAGUUUCUUCCAAUUCAUGCAAUAAAAUUGAUGAUUCUCAACUAAUGGAUAUUGCUUACAAAUCACUACUCAACGAGUUUUGCGAACUUUUCCAAGUUGAUCUUUACUAUAAAUAACUCAAAUACUCAAUACAGUUAUUUGAAAGAUUAACUAUUUUCAGAUUGUUAGUUCUUGAUUUUGAAGUGUUCUUGAAUCUUUGUUA